UUGGCUCCAAUGACGAUGGCGUGUUCGGCAUGACGUACAGCGAGCACCGUUGGGACUUCCACCGGGUCAUGGAGGUCGAGGCGCUGCUCAGAAAACAGCCCUGGGCGGCCAUGAAGACCAUCGUCGUCUUUGCGUGGCGACAGUCGGACGCAGACAUGCUUGCAGAUUCCCUGAUGAAAACACGUACGUAUGUUAGUUAGGACGGGACGCACACAAACAACACUCAGAGAGAGGCAGGCGGAGGGGGGGUGGAUGGGAUGGGAUGGGAUGCAAUGCACGUGUGUUGUGUUGUGUUGUGUUGGGUGCACUGCAGGUGUGUUUGGGGAGGUCGAAACCUAUCACUCAGGGCGGACGAGGGGACAGCUGGCCGCGGUGAUGGAUCGAUUCAUGACAGGUGAGGAACUGAGUGAGCAAGUUAUGGGCGUCCAUCCACACACACACUGAGCAUACAGACACGCCAUGACAUAACAUACCUGCCCACGUGUGUUGUAUCGUGUCGUGUCUAUGUGUGUGUAGGGAAGGUUCGCGUGUUGGCUGCCACGAGUGGCGUUGACCUCGUCCACGCAGGCCACGCGCCGCGAGCGGACGGGGUCAUCCACUUGACCAUCCCGAAGUCCAUCGAGAACUACGUCAAGGACACCAAAUACACAGGCGGACAGCCGCACCACAACGGUGCGCACACACGCAUGACCGCGGGGUUAUAACCGUACCUCUCUCCCUCUCUCUGCCUGCCUGCCUGCCUGCCUGCCUGUUUGUCUGUCUGUCAGGUGCUGAUGGCCACCGCGGCCAUUCUCAUGUCUUUGUGCGUUCCGAGGAUCUUCUCAUGAUGCACCGCAACGCGAGCGUGCCGUUGGUGGACCCCUGGGCGGCCACCCGCCUCGCCUGCACACUCGUGGACCACCGCAUCCAGCCACGUGCCAAUGCACGCACCAACACCAGCAUCAGCCGAUCGGACCAGCAGCCUGGAAGUGGCCAAGGUGGUGGUGGUGGUCGUGUGGUGGCCGUCAGUCUGCCGUCGACUAGCGCCAUGGCGGCCCUCAAGGCCCAGGCACCCGAUGACGUCACGACCUUCUUCCGCAUGCUCGACGACACGAUACAGCACCAGCAGCAGCAGCAGCAGCAAGACGACCCACCCACCACCGGCACCACGCGCAUCUAUCCCAACGUGCCCCUCACAUACAAGCUGCGCUUCCUCCGGACCACCAAGGACGCCGCAUGCGAGAAAUCCGACUUCAUGCGGUCCUUCAUGGCCACCGCCACGCAGGACGCCAAUGGUGUGUGGAGUGUACGGGCGGUGGAGGCCGUCACCGCCACGGACAGGAGCCCCCCAGAGCUGUCACAGCAGCUGGCUAAGGCGGCGCAUGACGAGGGCUUCACGGUGGGCAGGUGCGAUUGGCAUGCGAGGGGCGUGGUGGUCCACAUGAGGGGAGGCGAGCCACAGGAGGAUGGUCGUGAGCAUGCAUUUGGGGGCAUCAGGGCGGCUGUGGAGGCUACCCUACAGAAGCUCUAUGAGGCACUCAAGUAAGGGAGCGGCAGACAGGCAAUACACGGACAGAGGUGGGAGGGUGGGUGAGUGGACGGGCUUGUAUGUGUUCUUCUCUCUGUGUGUGCGUGUAUCGAUCAGGCUUAGUCUUGCCAAGUUGGAGGCGGCCUUCAUGGCAUUGUACCUGUCAUCCAAGGAAACCGGCGCACAGGCGCAACUAGACAAACUGAAUUCGCUCGUCCAGGUAGGCACACACUCACUCACUCACACACACACGGCCCACACCGCACUGUCUUUGAAUGCGUGCAGGCGUAUUUCGCGCACACCGAGGGCGGUGCUGGGUGUCACCACGACCCGGUGCGGGUGGUGUGCGAGGCCGCCGUGGGGGCAGCCAAGGCCGACGGCCUCCGUGUGGAGUCGCUGCUGGACAUCUGCGGCGGCGAGAUCGGCAGCGAAAGUUUCUUAAGAUUCAAACACGUAAGUCAUCUGCGCGGUACGUCUGUCUGUGUCUUUGCCGAGCUCAGUGCUUUCAUUGUGUGCGUGUCUGUGUCUUGUGUGCAGCUGUUUGCCUCGGUCCCCAUGAACAGUGACCAACUGGACCAGUGGGGGAUUAGUACUCUCAACGGCGUCAGGCAUCGCACCAAGAUCGCCAACCAGCUCUCACACGCCGUCAAGAACACACUCAAGAGAAUGUACCAAGUCAUGCAGCACAUCAAUUCAUCCAUCCAUCCAUCCACUGUGCAUGCGGCUGCUUUGUGUGCGAUCCAUGCAGGCCUCUUCUGUACGAGUUGACCGAGCGGCGACCUACCGCGAGCGCGAGAGACGUGGCUGUCAACCACCUGGCGCCUCUCACGAUCGCACGGGCCCUGGCGCGCAUCAACACCCACUCCCUGGUGGGCGGAAGAAACCCCUGGCUGGGACCAAACCCAUCCGUCGAUCCGAUCCAUGAUGGCAUCUUUGUUUCUCUAUGUGUGCAGCCCAAGUCGGUGUCUGAGGCCUUCAGCCCGAUCACCAUGGGUGCCACUGAUAUCGCCACUCUGCCCUUCGGUUUCCUCCUCGACGCCGCCCAGCGGGCCGUCACACAGCACAGGGAGAAGCUGCUCAUGCACACAAGGCGCCGGGCGCCAGGGCUCGGACUGCAACAGGAGCAGACACAGCGGGGCAAGAAGCGAUCCCUCCCGGCUGCCAACGACCACCCCACUCGUGAGCAGCAGGAGGGCUGCGCACCCAAGAAAGCCCGCAAGACAGAGAACAACAAGAAGGGCAACAAGAAGAGGGCGGCGGACACUGAGCUGGACGAGGGAGGCCAGCGAGGCGCCAAGUGGCGAAAGAGGAACCAUCAGGCGGGGGAGGGCAAGAAGCGGCCGAGGGAGACGACAGCUGUGGCGCCCACCACACACCACACGGACCAGCGCCAGCGCACCGCUCUGCCUGCUGCUGCUGCUGCUACCGCUGCCGAUGACAAUGACCACCCCACGCACAAGUACAACACCCGGAGCAAGAAGCGGAAGCUGACCUGAUCUGACGCAGUCAGUUGUGGUGGGGUGGGCUUGCGUGGGGAGGGGAGGCGUUCUGUGCUGUGCUGUGCCACCCACCAGUGGCAGGCAGCCCAGGCACACGUCUGCCUGUCUGUCUACCCACGCCCUUGCAAUGCCUACCUGCAUCCACGCAACACUCCCACAGACGGACGGACCGCUUCUCGUAGCUACCUACCUAUCUCCGUCGGCCUGUCUGUCUGGCUGUCUGUCUGGCUGUCUUGGCUGAUGGAUGUGUGAUGUGUUUUGAUUCUGUCCGUCCGUCUGGCUGUCGGUCUGUAUGUGUGUGUGAGCAUGCGCCAGAGAGGGCACAACAGACACCCCCCCCCCACACACACACACACUCACCAAUCGAAGGGGAGGGAAGGAACGAUGGACGGAUCAACGGCACCACACACAUGCCGUGGCACUCACAGGGGGAUGGAUGGAUGGAUGACACCGUCUGUCUGCAUCAAUUUAUGGUGUCUGUUGUCUGUCGUGUGCUGCAUGGGUGUGGUGUGCCGCAAAGCAAUGCACGUUUGGCUGACUGACCGAUUUGUCGUCUGAUGAUGCCCUUUGUCGGUCUGGAGUGCACACUGUGGUUUAUGUCUGUCGUGGAGUGGACGCCUUUCUUUGAUGCCCUUUAGUGUGUGUGGCGGUGCGGAUGGAUGGAUGGAUGACUGUUGUGCGGGCGGGGUGGCCUUGCCAGGUCUGGACAGACAAGACGAGACGAGAAGGGAUCGAGACAUGCAUGGGAUGGCGGGGGGAUGGGCUCACGUUUCCUUUCAG